GUGCCCAGCUUGUCUAGACGAAGGCGGGGGCACUUGAUGAUGCCAUUGAUUUCAGUUUAUAUUAAACACGCUUCCGAUAGCAACGUUUUGUAGUACGUUCGUGCACGGCACGGUAGGUCAACGGUGAACAGCAUCGGGCUGCCCUGCCCUCCUCUCCCCAGACGUGUACAUAAUGAUUCGUGAGCCCGAAUCGUUACCGUUUCAAACAGUGCGCCGACCGCAGCAGCAGCAGGGACCAACCGCGGAGCAAGGGGAAGAGGUUGAGCACGGUGUGGAGGUGGCAGGAGGUACCACCGGUAGUGCGAAUGAAGCUCGCACACCCACGAUCGACGUGCACAACAUUGCGGGGCUAAUCACGAUCCUGACGGUGAACAUACACCAGCUAGAGUCGCUGCUGCAGGUGGGCUCGGAUUUGGGCUUCAAGUUCUGGCUCAACAUUGUGCUGGUGGCCAUCUCGAUUGUCUGUGUGUACCCGCUGCUAGUGCUGCGCAUGCUGCAGGGGGAGGGUAUUGCGCCCUCGCCACGCCGUUACUGGGCCAGCUUCGUGCUGAUGGCGAUCAUCUUCACCAUCAAUCUAACGCUGCAGAUUUUCAACGACUUGGACGCACAGUGUACCGCUCUGUUUAAUCAAGCAUUACCACCGGCGGGUCCACCCAACUGCAGUGCCGUCUGAGCCGGCAAUGGAGCGAAUUCGGAGGCCAUGGUCUAAACGCCGCAAGGAAUGCUUCGACUUGCUGUACAUUAUCCUGCUAUUCGCCACAAUACUGUCCGUGAAUGUGGCACAAACGAUCAACUAUCACCGUGCACACAGCGACAACAACAGCACGGCCGUUAGUGUUUUGUUCUGGCUCGCUAUUUUGGCCAUUAUAGUCGUAGCACUGUUGCUGGUGGCCAACGUAAUGGUACUGUUUUGGCCGAAGCGUUCGGCGCGGACUCGCUCCAUAGACAUACUACACACGCGCGACGUUAGUGUUGUGAUGCAUCUUGCGCUCGUUUCGCUCAACUUGGUGCUGCAAAUAUUCAACGAAAUAUCCUUCUUUUGUGAUAUCCCUACGUAGUGUGGUAGCUGCUUCUGCUUGCCUUCAUGAUUCUUGCGUCCGAAAGCUUCUUAAAAAGGAAAUACGUUAAUUUAUUGUACGCUGGUGUGUUAGCCUUUCGUUUUUGCUUUAAAUUGUAAUAAUAAACGCAUAACCAACGAUUGUCGCUGAAUAGUAAAA